AUGGGUUUUGUUGGCGACACUUUUAUUAUCAUUUUUUCGCAGCUUUUCUUUUUCCUUGGCGGAUGGGUCUUUUUUCUCCGUCGCCUCUUUAAAGAUUAUGAGGUACAACACAUGACCAUUGUUGUGUUUUUCUCAUUUACAUUCUCGUUGUCUUGUCUAAUGUUUGAACUUGUUACAUUUGAAAUUCUGGAUAUACUGGAGUCUUCUUCGCGCAGAAUUCACUGGCAAAUAGUGCUGUUUAUUACAUUGAUCGAUGUCAUAAUUGUCCUUCCCUAUCUCAUAUCUUUCUACCUCGUUGCAACGUUUGGAUUUCUUAAUAAUCUUAAAUUGCGUCUGGGUGGCUCUUUUUUAGUAUUUCUGUUUUACUUGUACCUUUUUUGGAAACUUGGAGUCUCAUUUCCAAUAUCCAGCUCACGUCACACAGUUUUUUCCUUUGAGCCGUGCAUUGGAAGAGUUGGCAUUAUAGGUGUUACGAUAAUGGCCGUGCUCUCCGGAUUCGGUGCGGUUAAUUACCCCUACACAUGCAUGAGUCUGUUCAUCCAUCCUGUCACACGUGCUGCCAUUGAUACCAGCGAGAAACGUCUAAUGCAAACAUUCAACAUGCUUCUUGCUAAAAAACGUCGACUUUGUCACUUUGAGCUUGAGAAAAAAGUGAGUGCUGUUUUUGCUGCUACUAUUCUUGUCAGGAUGUUUGAGUACAAAAUAUUCAACUUCUCAGUCGGAACCAAACUAAGCGGGAGUAACAUCAACACCCGAGCCCUAAAAGACGAGAUUGCAAGCCUCGAAGAAGUGAGUCGCCAUCUUUUUCUGGAAUUACACCAACUGCGCUGUGCUGAAGAGCGGAUUGAAUUCUCUCGUACUCUGAAAGGUCAAUAUUUCAACUUUCUUGGCUACUUUUUCUGUGUGUACUGCAUUUGGAAAAUUAUUGUCAGUAUAGCCAAUAUACUUUUCAAUCGGGUCGGGUUACAAGAUCCAAUCACACGUGGAAUCGACAUCGCAGUUCACUAUUUUGGAUUCACGUUUGAUGUACCCUUUUGGUCCCAACAAAUAUCAUUUUGGCUUGUGGGUGUUAUCGUAAUUACUUCUAUCCGUGGACUCUUGAUCACACUGACCAAGUUUUUCUACGCAAUUGCGAGCACCAAGUCGUUCAAUGUAAUUGUCCUUUUUAUCGCCCACGUUAUGGGGACAUACUUCCUUUCCUCUGUUGUUUUGUUGCGGAUGAAUAUGACGGCGGAGUACAGGACAAUCCUAACCCAGAUCCUCGGAGACCUCCAAUUCCAUUUCUACCAUCGCUGGUUUGACGUUAUUUUCUUGGUGAGCACGGUAUGCAGUAUUUUCUUCCUCUACAUUGCGCACAAGCAGGUCACGGAGACUACUUCGACGAGGGUUCUUGCAGACGAUAUCGACUGGCACACCCAUACCCGCUGA